AUGUCUUCAGUUCCGAUGUACUUCCGCGAUUGGUGGGAUGACGAUCUGUUUGAAAAUCCCCGUCGUACAUCGCGCCUGUUCGAUCAACAGUUUGCUACGGGCUUGUUUUCUGAGGAUCUGCAGAAGAUGGCGUCCAGCUUUCAUUCGUCGAACUUGCGCUCAUCCCGGCUGGGCAGCUUUCGACGUCCGUGGAGUGAGCUCGGUGGGUACAAGUUUAGCAACGGUCUGAUCAACAGCGGACCCACCACCACCGACCGGCUGCAGAUCAAUCUGGACGUGCAACAAUUCACACCGCAUGAGAUCACCGUUAAAACCGUCAACAAUUCGAUCGUGGUGGAGGGUAAACACGAGGAGAAGCAGGACGAGCAUGGGUUCAUCUCGCGACACUUUGUCCGCCGUUACGUACUGCCAGACGAGCACGACCCAAAGGACGUCAUCUCGAGUCUGUCGUCGGACGGUGUGCUGACGAUUGUGGCCCCCAAGAAGGUACAGCAACCAGCGGCGGAAGUGUUGUACGAACGCACGGUACCGAUACAGCGCGUAGAGGAGCGAACGGUGGAAAGUGUCCGGACGACUUCGGAAAGUGUGACCAGCGAAAGCAAUGGAAAAUGA